AACAGGGUGGUGAGACCUAAAAGUGGCUUGCAGAUCACUAAGAUAGAAGAGGUUUGGUUCCAUCCGAAGUGACGCCGAACUUAGCGUCCCCACAUACGAAACUUAUGCCUGAUACCACAGUAAAUGAAGACGUUGGAACUUGCAGUCCCGCGCGACAGAAUUGCAGCUAAUGGUAGACCUAUGAUGGUCUCGAAGCCCUCGAAUUGCCGACAGAGCAAGCGAUUGGCGGGGCAAGGAACGCGCAAUCCGUCAAGUCGGAGUUCCCCACCGCAACUACAACGCCGUCGGCGCGCUCGUGUCUCCCGUGGUCUCUACCUAGGCACCUUGAUACUCCAUUGCCAGCACGCAUACAUCGACUGCAGAGCGCCAGUCCUUCACCAAAACAUGCUUAGAUCUACCUAAAAACAUUGCUGCUUUACUUGGCCACUAAAUAC